UUGACAACCCGGUUCCGACGUCAACAGUACAACGUUUUCAGGACAAAGUGAAAAUUACAAGUAAAAGUAAAGAAACGUAAAGUAUAUUUAGUGAAAAUUAGUGCUACACACAUCCGCAUCCCGUUUGCCCUUGAGCUCUGCGGUUUCUGUUCUAUUCGCCGGCCCCGCGAUGGUUGAUUACGGGAAGGAGUUUAUGUUGUAUCUGAUGGACGAAAGGUGUUACGAUAAAUACUUUUUGGAGUUUGACCUUUUGGAUGGCGACUGUUUUCGUGCCCUGUUGAGCAAAGGACUCGGCUUCGGCAUCAUCGCCGGAUCCGUGCUGGUGAAGGUGCCGCAGAUCACGAAGAUUCUGGCGAAUAAAUCCGCUCGCGGCAUCAGUCUGUUCAGCGUGUGUCUCGAUCUGUUUGCCAUCACGAUUCACAUGGCCUACAGUUUCGUGAACGGGUUCCCGUUUAGCGCUUGGGGCGAUACGUCCUUCCUCGCGCUGCAGACGGCAAUCAUCGGUAUUUUGGUGUUGUUCUUCGGUGGAUCUCCGGUCGCUUCAGCAGCGUUCACCGUCGGCUACGGAGCGCUUGUGUACGUGCUGAUGGGAGGCAUCACGCCGCUAAGCUUUCUACUGUUGGCUCAGGGCUUCAACGUUCCCAUUCUGCUGCUCGGUAAGCUGUCGCAAGCCCUUGCUAACUAUCGCAACGGAAGCACCGGCCAGCUAUCGGCAGUGACGUGCUUUAUGCUACUGGCCGGUUCGUUGGCACGCAUCUUUACCUCGAUCCAGGAGACGGGAGAUCAGAUGAUGAUCAUCACCUACGGUGCCUCUUCAUUCGCCAAUCUGGUCAUCGCUGUGCAAGUGCUCUACUACUGGAAUUCGGACAAGUCCAAGAAAGGCGCAGCUUCGACCGGGGCAUCGACCGCGGCCAAGAAACCAAAGGCAAAGAGCAAGAAAACCGACUAAUCAAAGGUGCGACUAGUCAAGUAGCCGAUUUAUUCAUUCAAUUUGCUGCUAAUAUCGGAAUCCAGUCGAUUCCGGCUACGAGAUUAUUGGAUUGCGGCUGAGCGUGAACUAAUGAUCGAAACGAGCAUGACUCAUUCCCGAAACAACACAACGUAAAAGACUUUUCAAAUGACAAAGUUAGCAAGAGCAUCAUGUAAGGAGGUAGCAAUGGUCAAUUCGUAAGUGCUGGCCACGAGCAGCUUACAGUCACAGUAGCAAAAGAAAUGAACGAAGAUGAACGAGA